CGCCUACACAUUCACGCUUUCAAGAUGGCGCUCAACUUGUGGAGAGAAAGACGAUCGAGCGUCUGAACGGUUCAGAGCGGGUUUGCUAUAGCUACGUCAAGCGUCGGACAAUGAACAAGUACCGGACCGAUCCAUUUAUUUUUAUCCUUGUUUUGACCAGUCAAUUGUAAAGAUAGUGUUGUGCAGUUUAGUGCAAAAACAAAAUGUGCAGCCGUACACAGGGGAUUGUUAGGCUAAAAUCGAAAAUAAGUACGUGCUAGUGCUCGUUCCUCGGUUAUGUCAAUGUGUUAAGUCAAAAUGGCAGCCACGUUAACUGUCGAGCAAGAACAGGCCACGAAAGAAUUUAUAGAAGCAGUUAAUAAAUGCCGGGCUGGAAGGAGAGCUGGUCCAGUAUCAUGGAGCACGGCUGUAAAAUUUUUGACAGCAAGGAAAUUCGAAGUAGCGAGAGCACUAGCAUUGUAUGAACAGCACGAAGCCACCAGAAGAAGAGAGGGUCUUGCACUUUUAUAUCCUACUCAGGAACCUUUGCUCACUGAAUUACGCACAGGAAAAUUUACAGUUUUACCUUCACGGGAUGCUACAGGGGCAGCCAUAGCUAUUUUUACAGCACAUUUACACCUUCCACAAAAUACCACUCAUCAAACAACAUUGCAAGGCGUUGUAUAUCAAUUAGAUGCAGCUCUAGAAAGUGUAGAAACUCAAAAACACGGUCUGGUUUUUAUUUAUGACAUGUCGGAUAGCAAAUAUCAGAAUUUCGAUUAUGAUCUAUCCCAAAAGAUUCUCACCCUUCUAAAGGGUGGUUAUCCAGCUAAAUUAAAAAAAGUCUUAAUAGUGACGGCACCGUUGUGGUUCAAAGCCCCCUUCAAGAUCCUUCGAUUAUUCGUACGGGAAAAAUUAAGGGAUAGAGUAUUCACCGUAUCCAUUCCCCAAUUAACAUUACACAUCCCACGGGAAUCAUUACCGCAUCGUUUGGGCGGCACGUUGGAGAUACAGCAUGAGGCAUGGCUUCUUCACUGUCUUAAAUCCAUGACAAACAGGGGCGGGGGUGAACUUUGCGAGGUUACCCCCAGAGUGGGUACUCCUCUUUCACCCACAACGAAAAACCAAACAACAGUUCACCAGAAUCCCAAUGGAACUACGGUCAGUAGCUCAACUAGUCCUAUAAUUGAUAAGAACAAGGUGAAAAAUGGUAUCUCGACUAUUGGGGAUAUCGAGAUCACGAACGGUGAUGUCUGGAUGGGUACCGAUGAGGCGCCAUCCCCUGUUCAGCCUCCGUCCUCGGCUAGUUCAGGUUUCAGUGACGACGACAGCCUUCACGGGGAUCUUGGCCUUCAAGCCGUUACCAUGGAACAGCUCAUCGAAGAGAUACACUCGAGGGGGCGCGCUGGGCUCAUAGCAGAAUACGCGGAAAUUAGGCAAAGGCCGCCCGAGGGUUCCUUCAAUAAUGCCAAAUUGAGAUCGAAUCAAUCGAAAAAUCGAUACACGGAUGUGCUUUGCUACGAUCACAGUAGAGUGUGCCUGUCGCAGAUAGACGGAGACGCUACGUCGGAUUACAUAAAUGCUAAUUUCGUCGACGGUUACAAGCAAAAGAAUGCGUUUAUCAGCACCCAAGGCCCGCUGCCGAAAACUUGCGGUGAUUUUUGGAGAAUGGUCUGGGAACAACAAACAUUGGUUGUUGUUAUGACCACAAGAGUGGUGGAAAGGGGACGCACGAAAUGUGCACAAUAUUGGGGUCCUGAGCCGGGCGACGAAGUACAAGCAGGUGGUUUUACAGUAACCACUCUCGAAGUUGAUACAAAUCCAGAUUACACGAUAUCGAUGCUUCUUCUUACAAACAAAAAGACUGACGAGGCAAGAGAAGUUUGCCAUAUGCUAUACACGGCAUGGCCGGAUUAUGGAGUUCCACAAUCGGCCAGAGCUUUAUUACAAUUUUUAGCCUUAGUAAGACAGCAACAAACUAAGUUGCUUGCUAGUAGAGGAGAUACAUGGGCCGGGCAUCCGCGAGGACCUCCUAUAGUUGUUCAUUGCAGUGCAGGGAUAGGAAGAACAGGAACAUUUUGCACAUUAGAUAUUUGCAUAUCGCGACUAGAGGAUACCGGAACUGUAGACAUCCGUGGAACUGUUGAAAAAAUCCGAGCACAGAGGGCCUACAGUAUUCAAAUGCCAGACCAAUAUGUAUUCUGUCAUCGUGCUCUAGCAGAGUAUGCGCUUUCCAGGGGAAUGCUUAGUUCACAACAUCUUGCUAUGUUACCUCCAACCAUAGAAGAAGAUUCUGAUUAGAUCUCUGUUAUCAUGUACCAGAUUGAUGUUCUUCCCGAGUAUACAUAACAAUCUCUCUUACAUAGCCUAUUUCUAGCUUAAAUAACUAAAGGUUAUUUUUUGCUAUCAUCUCCAUCGAUGUAAUAUUUCAAAUUUCUAUUCUUACGUUAGGCUAUACGUUAUAGAGGAUAUCUAAGGAAAGACUAGUUUUUUCAAGGCUAAAUGUAAGAACAGAAAUUUUUUUUAUUUCUGUUUCUUGGUAUUUUGCUCUGUGAAUAAACGAUUCAAUGGUAAGAAUAAUGACAGUGCAGAAGCUGGUUAUAUAGAGAUGGCUAUAUAUAUCCGAGUAAAAGUAUGAGACAAAAGUAUAAUCGGAUGGGCUGAUUCUGAUUUUAACCCUCUCAUAUGUAAAUUUUAUUGUACAUUGUUUAAAAAGAUAACUUAUUUAAAAUGUGUGAAGUGUGAAACGCCUUUACUUUAUAAACAUUCCAUUUGAAAACAAUUACUGUGUCAAUUAAAUUAAUAUAUGAUGUAUACAACAAGUAUGAAUUAUACUUAUAUAUAUAUAUAUUUCAUAGAUUUAAAAAAAAUUUUCUUUAUAUUCUGUAUGUUAUACAUACCGCAUAAAAUAUGGUAUUGAGAUAAAGAAAAUUUUUAAUUAAUACAGGCAUUAUUUAUUAAUGUACACUAUUGUACAGAUUGAUAAGUUUAAUAGUUAAAUAAUUAAUAAUAUCUUUUCUUUUAUAUCAAUUUUAAUCAAUGAUUAAUUUAUUAUUAUUUAUGCUAUUCACGCAAUUAUAUAUAUAUUUUAUACAUAACUAUAAUCGUGAUUAAUUUGCAUUCUUUUUUUUAUAAUAAUAAUAAUUAGCUUUGCAUUCUGAUAAUCAUUUAUGAUUUCUUGAAAACUUGAUGAAACAAUUUUCUUUUAUAUUAAAUAUUUAUGACGAGAAAAUAUAAUAUAUUAGUUGAACCUUGUUUUUUUCUAUAAUGAGUCUUUCAACUUCUGAUAUCUAAAACUUAAAUUAUCAAGUACAAAGGAUGUAAGGACAUGUUGUUAUAGAAUCUUUAUAUGAGAGGGUUAAAUUAGUAAUUGAUUUUCAUAAUGAAGAUAUAAUGAAUUUAAAAGAAAAAAAAAAAAGAUACAAAGAAGUAUGAAUGUUUUACAAAAAAAUAAAUUACAAACUAUGGGAAAUAUAAUUUAAGCGGCCAAUUAGUCAUUGAUAUGUAAGAUUUGAAAAAAAAAAAAAUGUUACAACAGCUUUCGCCAUACAUGAACUUAUGAAUAAUCGACGAUUGUAUUAAUAGGCACUUUUUGGGUAACCAAAGAUUAUCUUCUACACCGUCUUUAAAAACAUUACAAUUGAAUCAAUCAGUAUGUGAAUAUAAUGUAGUUGGCUGAUAUAAAAAUUCCCUUUACAAGGGAUGUGCUAAUCAGGGAUCAUCUCGCAUAGAUUAAAAAUAUGCCCAAUUCUAUUGAAACAUUAAAAAAAAAUAAAAUAAAAUUAAAUUAGUAAAAAAAUCGUACUAAGUUAAAGUUUCAAAGGAGGCGAAUGAACAACUAGUUUACCUCGAGAAUCAAACGUGCUUCGUCUUCUAGCAGCGAUAGGAUUUUUUAAAAAAAAAAAAAAAAAAAAACCUUAGUGCAAAGAUAUCGAGUAUCAAAUUCAAAAACGUGCUCUUCCACGAAAGCCUUCGUGUAUCUGAUAUGAUAUGAGAAAAGGAAGAAUAAUAUGUGAUUUAUAAUUUAAACUUUAGAAUGUUAAGGAUCUUUUCAAUCUCUCUUUGAACGCUUACGUUUAUUAUUGUCAAGAUAUAUCACGAGAUGUAUAUUUUAUGAUUUUUUCCACGUUAAUACCAAUCAGAGAAUAAGUUCACACGGUACAUUCGAGAAUUAUUUCAACUUCUCGGCAGCUUUUCCAAAAAAAUCUUCAUUGAUUACGAAAAAGGCGAACAUUAAAAAUUUCACGAAAGAAAAAUAUUGUGAAUGUUGAUAUAAUUUAAGAAACGUAUCUAAGAACGCUGUUGUAAAUGCAAACGCUUUUUAAUACGAAUUUUUAAUAUCUACUUGUCGGAAGCAACGCUAAAAAGAAAUUUUUUUAAUCGAUAAUAUACGUGUUGUAAAACGAAGCGUGCUUAUUAUACAAAAAAAAGUAAUAAUAGAAAUUCUGUUUAAAACGGUGUUUGCGCUAGAUGUUUUAUCUCGGAAUUUUUCUCUCGAAUAUCGAUGAAACAAUUUAAUUAUCCUGAAUAUCGAUGUCUAUAUCGAUGUCCGAUUUAUAAUAUAGCUACACUGUCUAACCGUCUAUUUGUUGAAUGUAUAUUAUUAAAUAGUUGCAAGGAAAUCGUGUAAUAUUAAAUUAUUGUUAAAAAAAAAAAAAAAAGGACAAUGAUAUUAUAGUGAAUUUUUCUUGCGUCUUAAAUUUAAACGUAUCGAUAAUAUCGAUUUUAACAACAAGGAGACAAAUCGUGUAAAUUUGUUGUACGCGAUGUGUGAUAGGGAGCCGUUGAAAUUUUUCCGAUUUUAUAUAUACGAUUUGUAAUGUUUUUUUGUUCAUAAGAACGCUGCCAUGUUAGCGUAAACGUAAUUAAUCAAUGACUUCUCCUUUAUUUAAACUUCAUUAUCAAUAUCUAUAGAUUCACCAUUAUUAUCUUUCUAAUUUAUUCGAUUCAAUUUUGCCAUAACGCACUUAUAGAUUAUUGACGCCAAUGAACUUCAUUGGAGCGAGAAACCUUUCUGUCGAGAAACCUUUUCCCCCUCCCUUCCUCUUUCUCUCUAUCUCUCUCUCUCUCGCUCGCUCGCUCGCUCGCUCGUCCUAUCCCCUCCCUCAACGCGUGUAUUUUAUGUACAGUCUGUAUAUUAUGCGCAAAAUUUAGCGGAUCAAAGAUGUCUCGAAAACUCGGUCGAAGAUCUUCGAUCGAGGCGAUCCUCGGAUCUAUCGAUAGUGAAUCGUUUGUUAGAAAUAUCUUCGAAUUUUAUAUAACGAGAAGCGCUGUUGUACUAAAUGCUUAGUCAGAUUUAAAAAUAAGUUCGAAUUUUAAUCAUGUACACGUUCCUCCUACUCUUGGGUUACCUUACAAAGGGCAUGUUGUCGGUACAAUCAAUGUUUUUAUUAUUAUUACGAGAUGUAAUAUUAUUAUUAUUAUUAUUACUAAAACCACUUUAUUAUAUUAUAUAUUAUAUAUAUAUAUAUACAUAUUAUAUUUCUCUAACGUUUGUAAUUAAGUUCACAAUGCCCUUUUAUUAUUAAUUCAAAUAAUAUUUAUUAAAAAAAAUUUUCUAUUAUUCUUAAAAUAUUCAUAUAUACGAUGUACAUAUACGCACAUACUAUCACAAAGUCUUAAGGUUCAAGUCUUAAACCUCCAUGUUCUCAGGGUUUCACUUUCUAAGAACCUGCUAGUUAAAAAUGUAAAGAAAGGAGGAAAAAGAGAGUUUGCGUAAUAAUCAAUUUGUGACGAAUCGUUAAUUUUUAAGAUUAAGGCAGGACAAUUUUCUUAUAUUAUAUUAUAAUUGCACCUUCACCUUUCUUCCGAGAUAAAGAUACGAAUAAUUGCAAAUCUAUCUAUAUCUAUUACGAAUAUACGCUGUACAUUUUUUACGCAAAGUGUACACUUUUUUUUUUUUUUUUUUUU